UGCAGAAAUCCUGUAGCACAUGAUGUGAGGCACUUCGCGUUCUACCUGACUACUUCAUCGAAGACCUCAGCCAAUAGAGAAAAUCGCUGUUAGCACUACUCCACCUCCUCCGGACUCGAACCCUUCAAUAUGCCGCCAAAGGGAAGCCGACGUCUCCAAUAUGAAUUCUUUUCAAGAUGGUGGUACCGAAGGGCGAUGGAAAGAAGCAUCCGGACGUCUCCUGUCCACAUCGCAACAAGAUCUUUCGCAGUGCUCAAGUCGGCAAACAUUUAAAAGUGCACAUACGCUCUUGCUCCUUCUCCGCCGAUAUAAAGCAGAGGUAUGCUCUCUCCUCACCCCCGUCGACACCCAAGAGAAAGAAGAAGCGACGAUCGCUAGGGACGCCACGCUCGCCAUCUAAAGCUCGCAAGACCCCGCCCAAGAGUCAGCGCUUGCACGAGUACGGCCAAGCUGAGCUUGAGCUCGACUUAGCGAUGGAGUUUUACGCAACAGAGAUUUCCUUUCGUGUGAUUGAGGAUCCUAAAAUGAAGCUCCUUUUUAAGCACCUUCGGCCGGAUUUCAAGUUGUCUUCUCGUUACAAGCUUGCGGGCCCCUCCUCGACGUCGCCUACGCUCGAGAAAAGCAUCAUGUUGUCGAUGCAAUCAAGAAUGAGCCGUACGUGACCGUUGUUUCCGAUGGGUGGGCCAACCCAAACAAGCAGAGUAUCGUUAACUUUGUGACCACCUCUCCGCGGAUGAGCCCAGUGUUUUGGUCCUCUGUUGGAACUGGUGACAAUAAACACACAGGGGAAUAUAUAGCCGAUCGGAUUGAGGAGGUUAUUGACGAAAUUGAGGCCCGGCGUAGUCUGUGGUGUCGUGACGGACAAUGCAAAGAAUUUGAAGAAUGCAUGGAAAGUGUUGAACGACAAGCGGCCGAAUCUGACCUGCAAUGGGUGUGGUGCCCACACGAUAAAUCUCAUCAUGGAGGAUGUACUCGCGUUGGAGCCUGUGAAAGAUGUUCUCAAUUGUGCUACCUGGUUGUCGAAGUAUAUUCUCAGUCGAUACAUACUCCUGAACCACUUCGAUAAAAUUCAGAAGGGGUUGAGCUUUGAGUCUCGCCGCAGACUAUGCUUGCCAGUUCCGACAUGUUGGUAUACAUCCGAAUCUUGCAUGAAGAGUGUCCAGCGGAAUAAGCAUGUCAUUCAACCGGUUCUAUUAAGAGUGCACUGGAUUCUAUUUACAAACAGAAAAAACCCCGCGAAAAGCUUACCAAGACAAGGUCUUUGGUGGGCGAUGCAAACUUAUGGGCAAAGCUCAAUGCUGUGAUGUUGCUACUUCACCCUAUCAACGCAUCCCUGGCAGAGUUCGAGAGUGAUGGUAAUUUUGUUUCUGCGGUUUUCGACCAGGUCAGGCAGUUAUCGCGAAACAAAGUGUACCAUGACGAAUUGGACAACAGCAUGCACCAGCUCCGAUUUCUACAAGGUGAAAUUCACAAUUUUAUACCGUCGCGAGAGGAGUAUACGCCUCCCAUGAAAUCGGUUAUCUAUUUUAUCAACGACUGGAUACGAAAUGUUUCUCAGAUGAUGAACUUGACGAUGCAAUUGUUGACGCCGCCACAAUGAUUUCAGCGGACCUGGAAGAACAUCAAAAGGUUUCUGCUGAGAUAACGCAAUUUGUGACCGACAAAUUGGCUUGGAGCGAGGACAAGAAGCAGAGAUACCAUUCAUACACACCGCUGAAUUGGUGAACAACGAGACAAACCAAAUACCAACUCAUGCGCCCACUAGCGAUGCAAUUGUUUUGCAUCCCCACGUCAUCUGCCGCAAGUGAACGUUCGUGGUCUAUUCACGGCUUUAUUCACUCCAAACGAAAAAAAUUGUUUGAUGGCAGCACGCCUAGAAAAGCUAUUCUUCGUCUACACGAAUCACAAUGGAGAAGAUCACGUCAUGUUUGAUUCUUUUCCUGAUGCUCCUGGGAAUGAACCAUCUCCAGCGGUGAGUAAAUCUGCGUUGUGUACAGCCUAAGGUGGUUUGAAAUCAUAAAUAUAUUUGCUACAUCAACAUAGAGAAUAUGAGAGUACGAACAUGAUAUCAUGCUAGUAAGAGGAUGAGAAAUCUUCAAAUUGC